GUCAACCGCCGGUAUUAAACAGAGAGAGAUGCUAUGUCACAAGCCUCAUGACAUGAAUGAGCAUAGCCAUCUCCGUUAUAGUGUUUAAAAAAAAAUAGAAGUUGUCAAGUGUCCUACUUAUAUCAGUAUAAUCGUAGCAACUUUACUUAUAUUAAUUAAGCAUUACUUAUAUUUGAUCAAGUAAAAAUCGCGUAGCAAAUAAGCCAUUCAUUUUUUUUGGUUCACCAAAUUCGACACGCUUAUUGACCAUACAAAAAAAACUCGUUACAUUGGUGGGCGAAACAAUGAAAAAACGUCACCUGCUGGAGGGAGACGAUUUUCCGCCGAGUUGGACUUCUCUGUCUUCGUUUAACACAAAGCAGCCGUUCCUGACACUGAAGUUAAGGACGUAGUGAGGCUGGUGUUAGCAAAACUACCAUAAAUAUCGAAACAGCUAAAAUAUAUUGAUGAUUUCCUUUCACAGAGAUCAUUUAGCAUUUUGUUUUUACAGCGAGCUUUUAUUUUGAAGGCGGAAUCGAAAACAGGAAGUCUACAUGCUGCCAGCUGUUACAAAACCAAUCGUCAGUUCCACUUUCCCGAUAGGUUGGAAUGUGUCCUGUCCAAUGAGAACAGAAGUGAUAUUUUUGAUUCUCAACGGUUUGGCUACACUGCAAGUCUGCUACGGGCCACUGACAAGAGCAAUCUGAACCUCACUGCCAAUGAUCUCUGGGGUCACAAACAUGUUUCUGCAUUGAAGCAUAAAACACGGAAUCUGCCACCUGGCUCUGUGGAGCAAAGAAGUACCCAAGAGACACCAACAGUGUCAAUUAGUCCCAUUCCACCAAUGUCAGGCCUAUUGAUUCUAAGUUAAGCAACCAAUUUGCAAGGAAGAUCCCAUUCAGUCUGAAAGCAGCCCAGAGAUAACCAGUCAGACAGCGCAACUGAAUUGUCCAACUAUCCACCUUGACUGCCCCGGGCCAAAUACAGACGUCCCCUGUAUGUCACUCCAAAUGGAGACUCUGCCAGACUUUAGUGUUAUAAGUGGAGAAACUUCACCUCUUUCAGACAGCGGUCAUUCAUCUACACCAUCACAGCACAGUGGUAUCAGUGGGGAGCCCAGAGCCAAGCGCUGGUCCUCUAACCCAAUAACCAUGCGCACCCAUAUUUUAAAACCCAGCCAUCUGGGAUUCAAUGGGCAGAAGUCCUGCUCCCCAAUUUUGAGUCCCAUACGUGCUUCAAAGAUCUUCAGGAUUCAAGAUGAAACUUUACCGAACUGCACCGGAGAAAGUUUAUUUGAGGACACUAUAGACCCCUGCUUUUUGCCUAUGGUGGAGCCCACUGUUGGCAGCUCUACAAUGGCUUUGUCACACACACCUCCGGAGACUUGCAUUUCUAUGAAAGAGAGUUUCACUAAACCAGAGGAUGCAAAUAAAGAUUUGCAAAGGGGCUCUAAUUUUAGUCUCAGUUUGCAGGGAAGUCCAACAGCUCUCAGGGAGACUAUAUCAACCAGUAGCUGUUCCAGAGCUUCCCUGGAGGGCACACAUGACAUAUCUGCAUUCGAGGGCAGCAAAGAAAGUCUGCAUUCCUUAGAACAUAAGGUACAGAACCUGACGACCGAGGUUGCUGUGUCUGUUGUGGUGCAAAAAUCAAGUGUUGCCUCUUCCUGUCUCUCAAAUGCUAAUGUCACAUACAUAAUUUGCCCUGAUAGUGAGAUGUCUGCGUCCUAUACGGUGCCAUUGUCCUCGUCAACAUCUGGUUCCUUGUGUGAUGACAAGAGGGUGAACAACGUCACCUUUGAACUUAUGGUUGAACCAACACUGGAGCCCAAAACUGGGACCAACGAGCCCAAUGUCACGACUACUGCGCUGGAGGCUGUGGAGAUUAGUAGGCCAAUGAAAGACACUUUUGAAGCUUGCCGUCCUAUGAAGUUCAAUGCAAUCACUGAGCAAGAGACUUAUGAUGGUACCAAACAACCUCUAAAUAAUACUUUUCAAACUAACCCUCAUGUAAAUGCAACCACUGAGCCAGUGACCAUUGUUGGCAAUGCACGCCCCCCUUUUCAAACUGACCACGAACCAACAAAAAGUGCUGAAGUUGAUGUCCGUGAACAUAUGGUACAGUCCCAACCAGGCCCGUCCGGGAGAGAUGGUGACCCCUUCACCUUGGAUGAUACUCUGGCGUUGGGUCCCAACUUUCUGCUGACAUCCACUCCCAUGGUUACAUCUACGGCUUUAAGGAAACCAAAGAGACACUCAGAUGUGCGGAAAAAGUUAUCUUCGGGCAUCCUGCCAAAACCAGCUAAACCACCUGCUGUCUCUAAACUUGCCACUUAUAGGAAGAUGUUCCUUCAGCCCCAGGGUGUCACCUCCAAACCCAAAUCACUGCUACCCCCACUGAGAUCUGUGUCCCAGCUUCCAUCAUGGACUCGCCCACCAAAGACCAAGACAGUCCCCGUGGCUUCAGCCCCCUCGGAGCCAUCCUCUGCCAUACCCAGCAGAAGAUGCAAAACACGAGCAGAUGCCUUGGGACAUGCUGCGGUCACUGUUUCUCAGCAGGCCUCGACAGAUGAUACUUCCAGUUGUAGGCGUAGCACAAUUGCAGAAUCCAAGCUGAUGAGCACUGGCCUGAGGAAACCUCAAUCCUAUGGCACUCAGAGAUCCAUAGCUAGCCUCAGGCAUCCUGCAGUAAGAGCUAUGGCAACCUGCUCCACUGAAAACCCCAGCCUCUCUUCAGGUUUAAAUGGAAGGAGUCUACAAGCACCCAACCAAGGCCAGAAGCACUUGCCAACCAGCAGUGAUGCUUUUCCUGUAGCAAAGAGGAAAAAAAUAGGUGAAGGGUGUGCAAACUAUGUGCUACUUCAGCAAGAACUGGAGACGUGUCGUCAAGAAAAUGAGAGACUGCGAGCAGGGUGUGCAAACUAUGUGCUACUUCAGCAAGAACUGGAGACGUGUCGUCAAGAAAAUGAGAGACUGCGAGCAGGGAGGCUGAGGGCUUCAAAGAUCAAGGAAAUGCUUUCUACGUCAAGAAGGAUUAUUCUGAGGCAUUUAACUACUACACAAAGGCCAUUGAUGCAUGUCCUAAAAACGCCAGUUACUAUGGAAACCGGGCGGCCACUCUCAUGAUGCUGUGCCGCUUCCGAGAGGCCCUGGUGGACUCCCAACGGGCCGUGCGGCUGGACGACUGUUUCAUGAAGGGCCAUCUGCGAGAGGGCAAGUGUCACUUGUCUCUGGGCAACGCCAUGGCAGCCAGCCGCUGCUUUCAGAAGGUCCUGGAACUGGAGCCCAGCAACAGCCAGGCGCAGCAGGAGCACAAAAAUGCCACAGCAGUACUGGAGUACGAACGAAUGGCAGAACUGGACUUCGAAAAGAGGGAUUUCAGAAAGGUGGUGUAUUCUAUGGACAAGGCCCUGGGAUUGGCGUCCACCUGCCAUCGCUUCAAAAUCCUCAAGGCUGAGUGUUUGGCCCUACUGGGUCGCUACCUAGAAGCCCAGUCUGUGGCCAGCGAUAUAUUGAGGAUGGACUCGACUAACGGAGACGCUCUGUACGUGCGAGGCCUGUGUCUGUACUACGAGGACUGCAUCGACAAAGCUGUGCAGUUCUUCGUGCAAGCACUGCGCAUGGCCCCAGACCACGAGAAGUCUCGGCUAGCUUGCAGAAAUGCCAAAGCUUUGAAAGCCAAGAAAGAGGAGGGAAACAAAGUGUUCAAGAACAGCAACUUUGAGGCAGCCUACCGGCUCUACUCGGAGGCCCUGGCGAUAGACCCCAACAACAUCAAAACCAACGCCAAGCUCUACUGCAACAGAGGCACCGUCGGGGCUAAGCUGAAUAAACCUGAUCAAGCAAUCGAAGAUUGCACAAGUGCAAUAAAGUUGGACGACACAUAUAUCAAGGCCUAUUUGAGACGAGCACAGUGUUAUAUGGACAUCGAACAGUAUGAAGAAGCUGUACGGGACUAUGAAAAGGUCUACCAGACAGAGAAGACUAAAGAACACAAGCAUCUCUUGAAGACGGCUCAGUUGGAACUGAAGAAGAGCAAGCGGAAAGAUUACUACAAGGUUCUGGGGGUGGGAAAGAAUGCCACAGAAGAUGAGAUUAAGAAGGCCUAUCGGAAACGGGCCCUCAUGCACCACCCAGAUCGUCACAGUGCGGCCACGCCAGAGGUACAGAAGGAGGAGGAAAAGAAGUUUAAAGAGAUGGGCGAGGCCUUCACUGUGCUCUCUGACCCCAAGAAGAAGACUCGCUAUGACUGCGGCCAUGACCUGGAGGACGACAGCAAUAAUAUGGGAGAUUUCAAUGCCAACAACAUCUUCAAGACCUUCUUUGGAGGCCCAGCAGGAGGAUUCAGUUUUGAAUCCAAUCACAACCAAGCACCUGGAAAUGUAUUUUUCCAGUUUGGCUAGAAAUGAAGAAUGCCAUUGGGAAUGCUGUAGCCCUGUGGUGGACAAUAUUAAGUCGGAGGCACCCUCACAAGCUGAUUUUUAUGCUCCCAAUGUUUUUUGCAAAAUGUUGCUUUCACAUGCUAAAAAGACACUCAGUGUUGUUAUCUGAGCGAGAGAUGGUGCUCAUCAUGCUUGGCAUCUUCCUAAAAAUCUUUUUGGCUGUUACCACCACAUUUGACAAUAUCCUCUUCAAAUUCAAACUGACAAGGGCGACUUUUGGUACGUUUAGUAACUAAGAACGUAACUAAUUAAAUAGGUUAUAGGUUUUUUGACAAGGGGGUUUCGGAAAAACUUGAAUCCUCAGGAAAUUGUUUUGAUUCUCUUUUGUGAUUAUUUGUCGCAAAGCAUGUUUUGAAGGCAUGAAAUAGGAGUACUGUUGCCAAAAUAUACAUUUCAUUGCUUGAAUGGAAAAUGUUUGCUGUACCUGGAGCAAGUAGAGGUUUGUAAAUGAACACAUGGGAGUGCAACUCCGUUGUUAGUUUUAGUAGGUCGCAUGAUUUUUUUCAUUCACGCCACAUAGAGGUCGCCCGGAAACACAAAGUUAGCAUGGGAAUCACUUGACGGUAAAGCAGAAACUGACCUUAGGGCAGAGUCUAGGAACUACUUCAGUCCCAUGUAGAAUGAGGCCUGGUUUUCAUUUGUUGGAGUUUCAUGUUAGUCUCCAUUUUGCUCAUUGAUGCAUUGUGCAUUUUACUGGUCUUAUUUUGUGCUCCUAAUUUGAUUUGAGAUUUUGUUCAGUUCUCUUAAAUGUAUUUAUUUAUUGUAUAUUCAAACUGUAUCCAUCUCAAUGACAGUGUUGGUGAUAUUCCAUUUGAUUUCUAAUGUUUUCUAUUGAAUAGGAUGUAAAAAAAAACAUAUCCUUGACCCAUGUAUGUAAAGUUUUGACCUCUUAAUAGAUCUAUUUUUCUCCAUGUGGUUUUCAAGCAUUGCUUUGGCCCCAUAAUACGAUGCAUCCGGUUUCAACUCCCAAGUGAACAUUUGAAACUUCAGCAGCUAGUCUUGUAGAUCAGUUUCUAACUCUGGUCCAGGCGAAGUACAUGUUCCUCUACAAACUAGUAGAGGAACUGUGUAGCAGAUGGACCAGAGCUAGUCAGUCCCUCACAUAAGUGGUGCCUUAGAUGUUGACUAGACUGGACACGCUUGUGUGCAAAUGUUAAUUUUGUCCAUCUUUUUCUUUUUAUUGAACCUUUUAUUUAACUAGGCAAGUCAGUUAAGAACAAAUUCUUAUUUACAAUUAUGGCCUAGGAACAGGCCAGGGGCAGAACGACAGAUUUUUACCUUGUCAGCUCUGGGAUUUGAUCUAGCAACCUUUCGAUUACUGGCCCAACGCUCUAACCGCUAGGCUACCUGCAGACAUGAUCAGGACGCGCAGGUUGAAAUAUCAAAAUGAACUCUGAACUAACUAUAUUACUUUGGGGAGAGGUUGAAACACAUGAAAAAUGUACCUUGCUGUUGCUAGCUAAUUUGUCCUGGUAUAAACAUUAGGUCCUUUCUUUCUGGAUCUUUGUAGAAUUUUGGCCAUUUUGAGUCACACACGUGUGUGUUCUCUUCUCUGUCAAUCCACAUAUAGAAGUGGAAACCUUGGUGGUUUCUAGUAAUCUCUCCUUUAGUUUUGUUCCUUCUUCUGUGGACUUUAUAUGGCAGUUGGUGACCAACUUUAAGAUGCAUUACCACCAACUGGACUGGGAACUUCAGUUCAUCCUUCAAUCACCCAUGUGGGUAUAUUCUCCUGAAAACUAAUGAGGAGAUUGGAGAGGUGGGACUUGCAGCAUGUCACGAGAAAAAAAUAGAACCGUCUUCUAUUUUAGCGCCUAGCUACUCAGACGCUCGUUGACACGCACAAGUUGUUUGGAUGAAAUGAUUGAAUAAUGUAUGUGUACAUUUAUUUAGCAAUAAAUGUUAGGAGAACUCUACUGACUGACGUUGCUUGAACACAAAGGUUGAGAAACUCUCUUGUAAAGUGUGCUAAGCAAAGUCACCUAUUUUAAUUGUAGUUUUACUUUGAAGAUGUUUAAAUUUAAAAAGAAAAGUGGAUUCGCAGCCUAGUACGAUACAAGAUGAGAAUUGACUUGCUGGAAUUGGUUUUGUGUUCUGUUCCAGAAAAACAACAUUCUCAGUCUGGCCAGUCUAGGCAAUGGGAUCUUGAAAGAAGAUACUUGACAAAAAAACAGAUCCCUUUUUUGCACCUAGAAUGAAUGUUUGGUCAGUAUGUCCCCUCUCAAUCUGUGUGCUUCUCACCUGUGUGCCAGGUGUAGGUUGAAAACGUGAACAGAAACGCUACAUUUUCAUGAUCCUAGUACCUGUGUACCAUUUAACAUUUUUUUUUUUUAAGAAUAUGCAGUACAAUGUUUUGGUUGAAGGAAAUAAAGAUGAAUCUUUUCCCCUUA